CAAUCGAAAUAAGACGUCAUGCCUGAUCCAGUGAAAGCACCCAAGAAGGGCUCCAAGAAAGCCGUCUCCAAGAGCGUGUCGAAGACCGGCAAGAAGAAGAGAAAGACCAGGAAGGAGAGCUAUGCCAUCUACGUGUACAAGGUUCUGAAACAGGUCCACCCUGACACCGGCAUUUCCUCCAAGGCCAUGAGCAUCAUGAACUCAUUUGUCAGCGACAUCUUCGAGCGUAUCGCCGGUGAGUCCUCUCGUCUGGCUCAUUACAACAAGCGCUCCACCAUCACCUCCAGGGAGAUCCAGACCGCCGUCCGCCUGCUGCUGCCCGGUGAGCUGGCUAAGCACGCCGUGUCUGAGGGCACCAAGGCCGUCACCAAGUACACCAGCUCCAAGUAGACUCCUGCUCUACACACCAACACAAAGGCUCUUUUAAGAGCCACUCACUCCACCUCAAGAGAGUUGUUUCCUUGUUUUAAAUGGAAAGUACUUAACUUGUUCAGUGAUGCGUAGCAAAAAAUAUGUCGGUGUAUAUACAGUGUGGGUAGGGAAUUUAUAAAAAAAAUGCAUAUAUAAAAUGGAUAUAAUACUAAUCGGUGAAUGUGGACUUCGAGGUGUGUGUGUCUAUAUGCAAACGAGGUCACAAAGACAGUCCUAGUAAGUUAACGCAGGCUGGUGCUAUUGUAACUUGCUGCCGGCAUAACCAGCGCCAUCUUGAAAAUAAAUAAUACAGAAGCUUUCAGGUAAGAACUUCCCCAGAUAUAUUUUUAUUUAGUAUCAAUUGUUUCAUAAUGGUGUUCCUAUUCUAGCCUAAAUCAAGAUUAUGCAUCUAACGUUAAUAGUCGCAUCGACCAUAUUCGCUUAUUUAUAAUUUCUUAUCCAAAGUGACAGAUGACUUCAACAGGUAUCACUUUAGUUCAUUCAUUAUUUCAUGUAAUAUGUUGCCUUCACCGUACAUCUUUUACCUCAACCCCUCCGCUUACCCAGAAUAUUUUU